GUAAUGGCCGGCCGCCGCCAUGUCAAUCAGACAUACACACGUCUACUGAAUUUGGUUCAAAGUACACGGCUUCCCUAAAAUAUUUGCUAGAAAGUGGUGAAAACGAGAAAUCUGUGUAGAUAGGUGCUCAUUUUAAUUCAAAAUAUUGGAUACCAUCGAUAAAUCGUUUGGCGUUAACUUUAACUCCAAAAUGUUUAUGGAUGGUAAUGUGGUCCACCCACACCCAAACGUGGUGAGUGGGGUCCACGGGGUGGUGCCGAGCGGAGUGCACGGGCUGCCGGUGCACGGCGCGGGCCCCGACGGCGAGCACGCCGGGCACGGGCCGCGGCGCCGCUACCAGAACCGGCCCAAGCCGUCCAACAACUUGGAACGGCUGCCUCUGGAUGAAGCGGCUAAGAGGGAGAUGGAGUCGUUACCCAUGAAGACUCCGGUGUCAGUAUUGCAAGAGCUGUUGGCCCGCCGUGGGACUGUGCCCAAGUAUGAACUGGUCCAGAUCGAAGGUAUGAUCCACGAGCCAACCUUCCGCUACCGCGUUACUGUGGCUGACUUAGUUGCUAUGGGCACUGGUCGGUCGAAAAAGGAAGCUAAGCAUUCUGCGGCCAAGGCUCUCCUGGACAAGUUGACCGGUGCCACCCCGGCUGACCCACCCACCAACGGAGCUGUGAUUGAGACUGGCGCUGUUGUCUCAUCAUUUGAAGACAAAUUGAUGGGGAAUCCUGUCGGCUGGCUUCAGGAGCUGUGCAUGUCGCGCUUCUGGCCUCCGCCGUCGUACCAUGCUGAGAACGACGACAAUGUCAACAGGCGUGAGUGUUUGCCUCACGAGCGUCAAUUUACGAUCAUUUGCACGUUGCUGAAACGCCGUGAAGUUGGCACUGGCAAGUCCAAGAAACUGGCUAAGCGUCAGGCCGCCUACAAGAUGUGGCAAGCUCUGCAGGACAACCCGCCAGAGUCCUUCCAGCCUGAGGAAGAGGGCGGCGUCGCGGCCCGAUAUGCCGACUUGAAAGAUAGUAAAAUCUCCACUUUGACUACCAGUCACAGCCACAAGGUGUCGCAGUUUCACAAACAUCUCAAACAGUCUGUCGGCCCCAACCUGGCCAAGUUGCAGGUGACGCCUCUGAACAACAAGGACUUCAAUUUCGUGCAGUUCCUGCAAGAGAUAGCUUCUGAGCAAGCCUUUGAAGUGACCUAUGUGGACAUCGAAGAGAAGUCCAUGAGUGGCCGCUGCCAGUGCCUGGUCCAGCUGUCCACACUGCCCGUGGCAGUGUGCUACGGGGCAGGGCCCAACAGCAAGGAUGCCCAGUCCGCGGCUGCCCACAACGCGCUUGAAUAUCUCAAGAUCAUGACCAAGAAGUGAAUGCCUCUUUAUCUUGCGGCAUCAACAUGCCACAUUUAGUGCUCACUAUGCAAGAUUAAAAUUGAAAUCAAAUGAAUGGAUUUAAUAAAUUUUUGUUAAAAAUCUAGAAUUUGGAAUGGCAUAGCGUGACACAGCAAACAUGUGCAUUUGAUGUCGCUAGGUUUUGAGCCUAUACUUAUCUUUAUCACCACUUCCCAUUUGAGUAAUGGCAUUUAGCCUGUGUGCCAAUAGCACUUCGGGCUAUGCUUUAUAACUGGCAUAUUUGCAGUAUCUUACUUGUGAUUCUUUUUGUGUAUACCAUUUUAGUUGAAAUAUUAUGCUGUCUAACAGUAUUUACAAUGCAAUACAAAUUUGUUAUUUCUUAAAUAUCUUUUAUUACUUGUAUACUCGGAAAAUUUUCAUCAAUGCAUUUGUAAAUUUCAAAACGCUUUGAAUUCAUAAGUUUAGGUAUAUGUUUUGUGCUUUAAGUACCUACUUAACUGGCAAGUGAAUCUUCACUUGUACUAUUACUGCCAAUGUGCGAGGAUAAUCUGCAUAGCCCGUAAUUUAAAGAAACAAAGUAUGGAGUGGUCAUAUACAAAAUACAAGCUAUACUUUGCAUAGAAUUAGUGUAAUUUUCCCAGCGUGGAAAUUACUAAAAAAAAUAUAAAAAGGAAAAAAAAAUACAAAAAAUAUAAAAUAUACAAAAAAAGUGUGGAUUAUAUUUCCAGUUUAAUAUUCAGCAUUAUUAUUAGGCAUGUUUUGCAUUCAUUAAUAAAACAAUUAUAUUGUAUACUUACCAAAAAUAAAUGACUUAGCUUUUAAUGUAUAUUGUAAUCACGGCGUAGCCAAGCCAAUCAUGAUUUUCUUUACACUUGAAACAGGCAUCUACUUAUUUUAUUUCAAUUAGUUGUAUGGUGUGUUAUAAGGGAGUUCUUUUACAUGCUGAGCAUUAAACGGAAAAAAUAUUCUCAGCUAGUUUUUUGUCUUGUUGACGAACUGUCCGACCUUUGCUUUGUAACAAGCUCCGAAUUGAUGGUCACUCACUUGAACUUGGCAAGAACUUCUUACAAAGUGCUAGGGUUGGUAUUGGGACGACACGUGCCGCGGUGCAUGUGGAGAGGCAGGAUUGCAUAUUGUUUUUAUCUAAAUUUCAAUAUCAGUGACUCUAGGUUUUCUUUUGAGUACAUGAUUGAAAACUUUGCAGGGAAGCUGAGAACUAUGUGUUAGAGUGAUAUUUCACUGGAAUAAGUGGUCGCGAAGAUGGAUCCCUUGCCUGUGAAAAUGGGCAUUAUUUUAAUGCAAAGUAUAGAGGUUGUAACAAUUUCUAUCAGUUCAGUGUCGUCGUCGGUGCUUGCCAGAGCCAGGCAAAGACGAGGAUCCUGCACGCACCCAGUUUCUUUUAAAUUGAAUGGUGUGAGUUCAACCUGCCCUUUUUGUAAAACAUCGCACUGUUCAAGUUAGAAAAGACUAACGCUGAGGAAGGGCUGUAGUUCUGUUCAACCAAGACCAACUAAAUAGAUUGUAAAGACCACUAGAGGGUCACACGUUUACUUAUUAUUUUAUGUUUAGUGAGUCUUGGUUUUACUUGUUCUUGUGAUUAAUCUCAAGGAUAAUAAAUAUAAUAUUAAUGUAGUAGUUUUAUCGACACUAUUGUGAACAACUAUUUCACCUCCUGCUUACUGUAACAUGAAUGAAAUUUUAUUAAAUUAAGGUAUUUUUUUGCUAUGCAUUGUUUCUGCUCUAACUUCAAUAAUAAAAUUUGGUGUUGCUUA